AUGCUCUCGCUCUCGCUGCCCCCCGGCGCCCGCGGCGGCGCCGCGCCGCGCGCGUGGGCGCUGUCGGGAUGGGGCAUCGUCGGCGCGGUGCCGGCGGCGCCUGCGGGCGAGCCGCUGUUCAGGAUAGAGACCAGCACCAGCUGGACGCACGGCGCGCGGCCGGGGGCAGCUGUGGGGCGACUACCUGUCAUGGGGGAGGAGAGGGGCGACGAGGACAACGCCGCCGUGGCGGUGGUCAAGGCGGCGUCGGUGUUUUGA